GCCGAAACGGCGCACCGGAGACCAAGUGCGCUGAGCUGGCACAAUCAGCCCUGGCUGGAUGCCCACUCUCGCAUGGCACUUGCAGAGGGCUGGCAUAUAGCACUCCAGGCUAUGAGCGCGCACUGGAGACACCGUGCGCUUUACCGCAUAACAUGCGCGAACCCAGGGACUCUGAUGGCACUGCUGGCGCUGCAGUACAGCGCCCUUAACCACUGCGCCACCCGGGAGGCCAAGCCCCUAUACUCAACUGGCGGUCCACAGUCCAGAACAGGGUCGAUACGGACAGCGGGUGCCAACUACAAAAAAUACAAAUGCUCUUCGACUACUGCCUAUCGGGUUUCCUCUUAUCAACCUACUGCCUGGUCUCCCGGACAACGUUACUAGCCUUUUCCCUGCCUGUACUGUUGCCUGCCCCUGGACCCAGCUACCUGCCUCCUCCUGUGUAUGACCUUCUGCCUGCCCCUGGACCCAGCUACCUGCCUCCUCCUGUGUAUGACCUUCUGCCUGCCCCUGGACCCAGCUACCUGCCUCCUCCUGUGUAUGACCUUCUGCCUGCCCCUGGACCCAGCUACCUGCCUCCUCCUGUGUAUGACCUUCUGCCUGCCCCUGGACCCAGCUACCUGCCUCCUCCUGUGUAUGACCUUCUGCCUGCCCCUGGACCCAGCUACCUGCCUCCUCCUGUGUAUGACCUUCUGCCUGCCCCUGGACCCAACUACCUGCCUCCUCCUGUGUAUGACCUUCUGCCUGCCCCUGGACCCAGCUACCUGCCUCCUCCUGUGUAUGACCUUCUGCCUGCCCCUGGACCCAGCUACCUGCCUCCUCCUGUGUAUGACCUUCUGCCUGCCCCAGCUACCUGCCUCCUCCUGUGUAUGACCUUCUGCCUGCCCCUGGACCCAGCUACCUGCCUCCUCCUGUGUAUGACCUUCUGCCUGCCCCUGGACCCAGCUACCUGCCUCCUCCUGUGUAUGACCUUCUGCCUGCCCCAGCUACCUGCCUCCUCCUGUGUAUGACCUUCUGCCUGCCCCUGGACCCAGCUACCUGCCUCCUCCUGUGUAUGACCUUCUGCCUGCCCCUGGACCCAACUACCUGCCUCCUCCUGUGUAUGACC